AUGCGGGUGGUGCGCGCCCGCAAGCAGCUCGUGGCUGGGCUGAACUACUUCUUGGAUGUGGAAAUCGGUCGAACCACAUGUACCAAGUCCCAGCCCAACUUGGCCAGCUGUCCCUUCCACGUGCAGCCGCACCUGAGGAAGGAAGCGCUCUGCUCUUUCCAGGUAUACACUGUCCCCUGGUUGGGCAAGACCUCCUUGGUGAAGUCCAGCUGCCAGGACGCAUAGAGGAGAUGUGACAGGCGGGGCCGCGCAGGCUGCCUCCCACUUGCACACCCCCUCCCUGGUGGGGCCCCCGCAGUGUGCUGGCCUCAGGAGAUAAACGGAGAAGCUUCUGAGCCUUGUGUGACCAGCUAAGUGGCUCUCCCUUGCUUCUUUCUGUAAAGUGCUUUCUAGAUGCACCUGUGCCCGGUGCACGCUCUGCUUCCACUUUACGCAAUAAAACAUGACGUCAGCUA